UAGAAAACGCCGGAAGCACAUGGCUGUGUUUACAUUUUGAAAAUUGUAAACACUGAUUUCGAAUGGCAUUUUGUUUUAACUUUCCAAAAGACUCAGAAGAUAAUGAUCAUGAUACAGACGACAUACUAUUGGAAGCUCCUGUAAGCAAGAAAAAGAAAUUUGAGCAAGUUGUGACUGAAUUUAAAGAAAUAACAGUUGAAGACUGCAAGACUGACUAUCCCUUUGAUUUAGAAGUGAACACGUAUCAGCUGACAGAUAGUAUUACAGUGUCUUGCUAUGAUGCAGGAGCAAUCGAGGAGAUUCUGAAGAAAGAUAAAGAUGACUCAUCAUCUGUUGUCAAAGCAACCAGUUGUCAUUCUGACUUAGUUCCAAAUGUAUAUGAAGGUGGACUGACUGUGUGGGAAUGUGGAAUAGAUCUUGCUACAUAUGUAGCCGAGGAAGUAGAUUUCACAGAUAAAAUGGUUCUAGAGUUAGGAUCUGGAGCAGGUAUUCCAGGGAUAUGUGCAAUGGUAUGUGGUGCUAAAGUGGUACAUUUCCAAGAUUAUAAUGAAGAAGUUUUAAAAGAAUACACAAUACCAAAUGUUACACAGCUUAAUAUGGAUGAUGAUGUUAAAUGUACAUGUAGAUAUUUCUCUGGGGAUUGGUCACAAUUUUCAGACAAAAUAGAUAAUGAGCGAAGGUAUGAUAUCAUACUAACUGCAGAAACCAUCUAUAAUCCAGAUAAUUACCAGAAACUACAUGAUGUAUUCACAAGCCAACUUGAUAAACAUGGAACUAUAUAUUUAGCAGCAAAGUCUAAUUACUUCGGUGUAGGAGGAGGUACAGGACUAUUUGAAGAUUUUACAAAUAAGAAGGGGCAGUUUUCCUGCAAGAUAUGUAAAACUAUAGAAGCAGGUGUUCCCAGAGAAAUAAUGCAACUUAAAUGGAAAAAUACAAACAUUGACAAGCUAACAGAGAAGACCUAGCAGUUUUAUUUCUAUUAUGCAAAUAAAUGAUCUGUUAUUUC